GGAAAAACAUCACCAUGUCGUCCCCUCCAACUCCAACACCCAACCCCCUCAUCGACCUCCCUGAAAUCCUCCUCCUUUGCAGAGAAAAGGAAAACAUAGUUGCCUUCCAGGACGCCCUCCGCAAGCACUGGCCCGCGGUCACCUUCUUCUCCCCUUCUUCAUCCACCACCACCACCUCCCCCCAACCGACCCAACAAGCCGAGCAAAAGCUAAAAAUAAUCCCCCUCAACGAACGCCUUAACACCGUCCCACAUACCCAACCCUUCGACCUCGUCGUUUCCCCCGCCAAUUCCUAUGGCCGUCUUGACGGCGCCUUCGACGACGCCAUCUCCCGCACCUUCUGUCUGCCCGACCACCCGUACCUCACCUUGACGCGUGCUGCGCAGAAAACGCUCUACGAGCGCUGGCGCGGCUAUGCGCCGCCGGGCACCUGCACGCUGGUACCGUUUCCGGAAGAGAUUGUGAAAGCGGGGAAGGCGCUGGGGGGCUGUAGGUGGGUGGCGCUGUGUCCGACGAUGCGCAUGCCGGCGAAUGUGGUGUGGGAUCGGGAGGUUGUUUAUAAGUGUGUGUGGUCGUUGAUGGGGGAGGUAGAGAGGUGGAAUCGAGAGGUCAGAGAGGAAGGGGAUGGCGGGGAGGAGGGGGGGAAGAAGGCGAGGAGGACGAGGAGGAGGAUUGAUAGGAUCUUAAUGCCCCCGUUGGCGGUUGGGGUAGGGAAAGUUAGUAAGGAGAGGUGGGCGGGUCAGGCUGUGUUGGCUAUGAAGCAUUUUGUGGAUGCGUUGGAGAGGCCGGAGAGGUGGGGGAGGUUGGACUGGGAGGAACUUGGGAAGGAUUCAUUUGAGGUUGAAACGACGUGGAAGCCUGAGGAGAGGAGAAAGUAGGAAGCAAGGGGUAAUUAUGCCGUAACUGUGAGUGGGACGUAGUUUUUAUUCGUAUAUGUACAAAGACGAGGCGAGGCGGUAAUGAUCCAAGUAUGGAAGCCUGAAGACUUCUGAUCGAGUUGAACCAUUUCCUGAAUUAGAUUAUUCCAGUUACAUAGGUUGUACC